UCAGAUUGUGGCCCUCAUUGCAGUUUUUAACAUGGAACGCGUGUCGUUGAUCUUUUGCUGUGGGUCCCGAUGAAUGGUUUGCGUUGAACUGACGAUCAUGUUGGGGACUGUUUGACAGAUCUUCAGCUUACUGCAAGGCGCUCAACGGUUUUCGUUACUAAAAACAAAAACUACGCAUGCGCAGACAGCGAGGAUGACGGGCUGACACGACAUUAUUACCCAUGCGCUGGAGCCGAGUUUCGUGGCGGAGUAUACGCGUUCGGGUGUUGAUGCACAAAUUGAAGUAUACAUAAGUGGAUGCCGCCUGCUCUCUCCCACGCGUUUGCUUCCAAGUCCUCGCUCUUGCUUCUGUCAAUCGUUAUUUCCGUAUUCUUCGAUCCAUCUCAACUUUAGACAGCACUGUUCACCUGUUCUUCAACCAAUUCUCCACAGUUUCGCAAUACCGUUACCAUGCAGUUCAAGAACCUCGCCCUCCUCACUGCCGUUGCUGGCACUGCCGUCGCAGAGUUCGCGAUCAUUACCACACCAUUCCCCACCAACCUCAAUGUUCUCACCGACAUCGACGGUUAUGCUUCGUCCGUGUUGAACGUAGUCGAGACUGGCCUCGCAUCCCUCACCGCAGCCUCCAACAUCGCCGCAGCCAAGUCCGCUCAUGAUGGUCUCAAAUCCUUUGCUGCUACUGCUUCAUACUCCAUUCCCAGCGGCGUCACCGAACUCGGCGCGCUCGAGACCCUCUCCGAGACACCGGCCUGGUACAGCGCGCUCCCCAGCGAUGUGAAGAGCUACUACGACAAGUACAACCAAGAGGUCCAGAGGCUGGUCAACCAGGCCAUCCUCGGCGAGAACGGCACUCUCGCUACUACCACUGGAGCUGGUGCCAGUGGUGCGUCCGCGACAGGUGCGAGUGCGUCUGCGACCGGAACUGGUGCCGCUAUGAGCAACGUAGUUGGCGUGAUGGGCGCUGGUUUUGCUGCCGCAUUCGCCGGUGUCAUGGCCUUGUAAACGUUGGAGGAGAUGGGAUUCACAGUGCAGGUCGUUUAGACUUCUUCAUUGGGCUGCUCUUGGCUAGGGAUGAGACUUUCACGUGAGGCGGAAAGACAUUUGAAUUUGUAGACGAGUUUUUAGUUAUGAUACCUCUGCUUCUAUUCUACACAGUUAUGAGCUGCGAACGA